CCCUCGCCAGAUUCCGUAACUCCUGAAGCGUAUCGCGCAUGCGCAGAACAUCCGCACACGCCACAUUCCCCGCUUUCGCUCGCAAGGCUUCCUACCCUCUAGUUUUCACGAGAGGUGCUAAUUCGGCCACGAAUCUGCAUUAAUCCCCGGUAGUGUGCAAUAGAUGCUGAUUUUGUCAUCAUGGCAACAGAGGACAAGAAACCAGAGACUGACACCAAACCUCCAGUUGUUCCAUCAGCCUCAGCCAGCCAAAGCAAGUCUGCACCUGCAAAGCCAAACUACAGCUUGAAAUUCACACUAGCGGGACACACUAAAGCCGUGUCCUCCGUCAAAUUCAGCCCGAGUGGAGAAUGGCUCGCCAGCUCAUCGGCUGAUAAACUCAUCAAAAUCUGGGGAGCCUAUGAUGGCAAGUUUGAAAAAACCAUAUCUGGACACAAACUUGGAAUAUCUGAUGUGGCCUGGUCAUCUGACUCCAACCUCCUGGUGUCUGCAUCUGAUGACAAGACUCUGAAGAUCUGGGACGUCAACUCCGGGAAGUGCUUAAAAACUCUGAAAGGCCACAGCAACUACGUCUUCUGCUGCAACUUCAACCCCCAGUCCAACCUGAUCGUGUCAGGAUCGUUCGACGAGAGCGUCAGGAUAUGGGACGUGAAGACCGGGAAGUGUUUGAAGACGUUGCCGGCUCACUCUGAUCCCGUCUCCGCUGUCCAUUUCAACAGAGACGGCUCCCUGAUCGUGUCCAGCAGCUACGACGGCCUCUGUCGAAUCUGGGACACGGCAUCCGGGCAGUGUUUAAAAACUCUCAUCGAUGACGACAACCCUCCCGUGUCGUUUGUGAAGUUUUCUCCCAACGGGAAAUACAUCCUGGCUGCUACUCUGGAUAACACUCUGAAGCUGUGGGACUACAGCAAAGGAAAGUGCUUGAAGACGUACACGGGCCAUAAAAAUGAGAAAUACUGCAUAUUUGCUAAUUUCUCUGUCACCGGAGGGAAGUGGAUCGUGUCGGGCUCAGAGGACAACAUGGUUUAUAUCUGGAACCUGCAGACCAAGGAGAUCGUGCAGAAACUCCAGGGCCACACAGACGUGGUCAUCUCCACCGCCUGCCACCCAACAGAGAACAUCAUCGCAUCUGCAGCUUUAGAAAACGACAAAACCAUCAAACUAUGGAAAAGCGACUGCUAAACCCCUCCUCUUUUUUUAAAUAUUUUUUGGGGCUGUUCAUUUUUUUUUCUUUCUACAUUGUGCUGUAAGAUAAGAGGACCCUUUUUGUAAAGGAAAUAACAAUAAAAAUAAACGAACUUUUGUAAAGAGCUCCCGACAAAUUUUCAGUUCCUGAAGUUCUGCAAGGAAAAGGCAAAGCAACAGCUCAGCAGCAGCAGCAGACACAUCAUGUCACCACACCUGAGAUCCGCCUGAUUCUGUCGCAUUAGACAAACAAGUCACUUAUUUAAAAAAAAAAAAAAAAACGAGUUUCUGAUGUGUCAGUAUUGUUCACACCACAUUAGCUUCUCCGCUUCAUAACAGCUCUUGUUCAAUAAAUGUAAUGUUYACUGGUCCUUUUGUAUGAUUUCUUUUUGCCUUUUAGUUAGUCUAAUAAAUUGUAAAGUACCGUUUGAGUUAUGUUCACAUAAAGCUUCAUAAUAAAGAAACCCAGGAAUGAAUUUCUAUUUUUUAAAAUGUUCCAAAAUUGCUAAUUUCCUUCUAAUGUCAGUUCAGUGCGCAACAAGAAGUUAAAUCUUGCCUUGAAAAAAAAAAAAAACAGAAUUUGAGGGGGAAACUAUUUUGUACCUGUUUUAAGACAAUUUGUGGCCAUAUUAACACAACAGUAACAUAAAGUUGUAGUAUUUGUACAGAUUACACUGACAUGUAAGGCUUUAUAAACGCUUAAUUAGCUCUUCGUCUACACAAAGCAUCUGUUGUCUGUAGUUAACSWGSUUUUUGUGGAAUUUGUUUUGCUUUYGACAGCUAUAACCUGCAAAUAAAAUCAGUUUUUGUAUGUUU